AUGGUCGUGCUGGCCACCGCACGGGACGUGACGGACGAGUACAAGAGCAAGCUGCAGAUGAAAGAGGCCAAGGAGAAGAGCGAGGCGAUGGUCAUUGCCAAAUCUUCGUUCCUGGCGAACAUGAGCCACGAAAUUCGAACGCCGCUCAACGCAAUCAUCGCAGGCAGUGAGCUACUGUCGUACAUCCCGGAUCUCACCGCGGAACAGCGCGAGCUGACGGAUAUGGUCAUCAGGACGUCGCACACGCUCCUGGCGCUCGUAUCAGAUGUCCUGGACUUUUCCAAGAUUGAAGCUGAGAAAUUGGCACUCAACGUCAAACCCUUCUCGAUCGAGUCGUGCAUCGACCUCUCGCUAGAGAUGCAGAGUAUCAAGGCGAACAACAAGCGGCUCGUGCUCAACUAUUGCAUCGCGUCGAAUGUACCGCAGCGGUUGCUCGGCGAUGACAUGCGCAUCCGCCAGGUGGUCACCAAUCUCAUCUCCAACGCUGUCAAGUUUACCCCAAAAGGUUCAGUCGAGCUGAAGAUUCGCCCGUCAAGCGGCGACUCUGUCACGCUGCUCUUUGAGGUCAUUGACACCGGCGUUGGCAUCCCCCCCGAUGACCAAUCUGAGCUGUUCACCGCGUUUCACCAGGUCAACUCCUCUCGAACAAGAUCGCAGCAGGGCACUGGCCUGGGUCUGGCGAUCUGCCUCAAGCUGGUGCGUCUCAUGCAGGGAGACAUGAGCCUUGUUUCUAGUGGCGUUGGGUGUGGAUCGCGGUUUGCAUUUACAGCCAAGUUGGGCAGGGAUCGACUCGAGUUCCAGAAGCAGUCCACGCUGUUUGAGCUCGAGCCCGACGCCAAGGCGCAGGUGCGGGUACUGAUCGCGGAGGAUAACCUGAUGAACCAAAAGGUUGCGGUGAAGCUGCUUCACUCGGUGGGGUUCAGGGCUGCCGUGGUGAACAACGGGAAGGAGGCGCUCGACUUAUUCGUUGAGAAGGCUGACGCAGGGGAGUCGUUCGACCUUAUUCUGAUGGACCUGCAGAUGCCGGUCAUGGACGGGCUACAGGCGACGAGGGAGAUAUUCGGGCACGUGCUGGCGCGGCCCGGGCUGGCCAGGCCGCACAUCGUUGCGCUCACCGCGGACGUGGCUGAAUCGGUGGUGGAGGAGUGCAAGGCAUGCCAGAUGCACGGGUUUAUCGCAAAGCCAAUCAAGCGCGAGAAGCUGAACACGCUCAUGGAGAAGAUUACGAUGUGGGUAAUGGAGGGGCGACAGCCGCAGUACGAGCUGGACGGCGAUGGGUGGACCUACAGAUAA